AUGGUUUCAGAUUCCAUCCCUACUGAUCUCAUCCUCGAUAUAUUAUUGAGAUUGCCUGCAAAGUCAAUAGCUAGGUUUCAUUGCGUGUCGAAGCUAUGGGAAACAAUGCUUCCUAGUUCAUAUUUCACUGACUUGUUCAUGACCAGAUCUUUACCUCAGCCGCGUCUCUUCUUCGCCAUCGGUAAACCUGGUCUGUUGAGCAUCUUCUCUUUGCCUCAGCAGCAUCAGAGUCCUUAUGAGAAGUCUUCAUCGGUAACUGCUGAAUUUCAUAUGAAGUUCCCUCAAGAAAAUAUGCAAAAAUUUUCAGGUGACCUACAUUAUUCAUGUGGCUAUGCCGCUGGUUUGUUAUAUUUCUAUGGUAUGUGGACCAAAGUGCCUAUGGUACUUAACCCUAAAACGGGAAGGUAUGUUGCCUUAACUUAUCCGUCUAAGUAUCUUGCCUUACCUAGACUUUCUAGCUACAGAAGGACCUAUAGCUUUAUAGGAUUUGAUCCUACUGAUAAGAUAUACAAGGUAUUGUUCAUGCCAUACCCGUUUUGUUAUGAUCAGCAUACAGUUCUGACAUUAGGAACCGGAGAAAUGAGUUGGAGAAGGAUAAAUUGUGCCUUAAGACAUGAGACUAUGAGUGAGGGGAUAUGCAUCAAUGGGGUUUUGUAUUACUUAGGUAACACGUCUCAGGAGUCGGUUUAUUAUGUGAUAGUAUGUUUUGAUGUUAGGUCUGAGAAAUUCAAGUAUAUUGACACGGAAAGCUAUUGUCAAUUGAUAAACUAUAUGGGAAAGUUAGGUUUGGUUUAUUAUAAUGCCUAUGCUCAUGACGCCGUAGAGUUGCGUGUGUGGGUUCUAGAGGAUGCUGAAAAACAACAAUGGUCAAAAUAUGCCUACACUUUGAGUGAUGAUAAGUUCUUGGUUCAUCAUGUUUUCGUCGUUGCAGUGACUGCUACCGGUGAAAUCGUUUUGUGUUCGGAUUUUUAUACAUCUAAAAAACCCUUUUAUGUUUUCUACUUCAAUCCAGAAAAGAACACUCUUCAACGUGUUGAAAUCCAAGUCUUUGGAGAGUACCAUGAAGCAAUCGACAAUCCUAGUAGAGUCCACGACGACGUCUUUGUGAAUGAUCGUAGUAGGCUCUACGCCUUUGCAGACCAUGUCAAAGAUCUUAAUGUCAACGAUUCAAAGCUACUCAAGUCAAAACGCUAUGAAGCUGUUUAA